AUGUCCAUAAUCCAACAAGUAACCACCGCCUCCCUCUCGGACAACUGGCGCACCAUCAACAUCGACCUCCUCGACCCAGAGUCCUCCUCGAACUUCGACACCUCAACCCUCCACCCGGCGUUCGCGCCCGUGGAUGAGAACGAGAUACGUGGGUUGGGACAGCAGGUGCGGCAGUUAUUGCGGGGUGGAGAUGCGGAGGGGGCGUUGAGGGGGGCGUUGGAGGGGGCGCCUUAUGGGGGGGAGGAGGGGGUUAAGGAAAUCCAUUUACAAACCGUCACGGAGGUUUUGCAGUCGAUUAAAGCGAGUGAGAUGACGCCUAUGCUACAGAGAAUCUUUCAGACGGAGGGGGGAAGUGAUGUUUUGGAUGUUCUUAUGAAAUAUCUAUACAAAGGCAUGGCCGCCCCCACAACCCGCACUAAAGCGCCCGAACCAUCCACCGGCGGUUUCUCCCAAAUGGGAGCUCGUCCUGGAGCUGCAAAUGAGAGUAGUGGUGCGGCGAUGAGCGUGCUGCUUAGUUGGCAUGAGAAGGUUGUGGAUGUGGCGGGAUUGGGGUGUGUGGGAAGGUGUAUGACGGAUUGGCGGAAGGUUUAG